CUGCUUGCUAUGACAAACGCGCAUCCUGCAGGAUUCCCGGACCCCUGCAGAAGUGCAGAUUUGGCAUUGGAUUUUGCCGGAAACGUGAAGAAACGAUAACUUCAUUUAAUUAAAAAAAAUGGGAGAGCGCGUGAAUAACUUUCCUCCCCUGCCUAAAUUCAUGAAAAUUAAGCCGUGCUUUUACCAGAAUAUUGAUGAGGAAAUUCCUUCACCUCAUCAGCAACUUGUGCGCAGAGUCUACACACUUUGGAUGAUGUAUUCAGCCACUCUUUGCAUCAAUGUCAUUUCUUGUAUUGCUUGGUGGGCUGGUGGUGGAAGUGCCACGAACUUUGGCUUCUCUUUACUUUGGCUCCUUCUUUUCAGCCCGUGCAGUUAUACUUGUUGGUUCAGACCACUGUACAAAGCCUUCAGGGCCGAUAGCUCUUUCAACUUCAUGGCCUUCUUUUUCAUCUUCUUCCUUCAGUGUGUGUUGGCUCUUAUUCAGACAUUAGGUAUCUCAGGCUGGGGAACAUGCGGCUGGAUUGCAACAGUGAUGUUUUUCAGCUCCAAUGUGGGCUCUGCUAUUGUGAUGCUCAUCACCACACUGCUCUUCACACUGGUGACUGCUUUAAUGGCACUCGUGCUUAUCAAGGUUCACAGGCUGUACCGUGGCGGGGGUGGGAGCAUGCAGCGUGCCCAGGAGGAGUGGGCCACAGGGAUGUGGAAGAGUGCCCCAGUGAGAGAAGCUGGCUUUAAUGUUGUGGCCCAAACAGCACAGGGCCCCACUCUGCCCCAGUACCCUGCUGCUGUGCCCAGCUACCCUGAUAACAGCCAGUGGUGAUAGCCCUGGGUAUCCUCUAGAGGGAGACAGACUGUCGGGGUGUGCCAAACAGCAUUUAAUGAGCGUAAAAUGCCAAAUGAAUUUCUGAAAAGGUUACCAGAUAUAUGCCAUUCCAUAUCUUAUUUGUUUACAUAAAAGUUUGUGUUGUGAAUUGGAGUGACUACAUUGACAAUAAUGUACUUACGAAAAUAUUUAAAAGGAAGACAUCUAACAGAAUGGUUUGAGUUAAGGGAGUUUUGGGGGGCUUGUGCCUUAUGAACAUUUUAUAAUAGAAAAUAAUAAUCUGGCAGACCUGCAUGCUGGACACUGUAGUACAAGUACAGGGUUUGACUUAAAACUGCACGACAAUGAUCUUGUUUUUAUGUGUACUUUGCCAAGACAGUUUAUUUUUGAUACCACACUUAAUAUAGCUUUGCUUAAAGGCCUUAAUAUUGCAACUUUUGCAUGAGAUAAAUAUUGUUUGACUUUAGCUAAAUUCAACAAAAAAGCUAACUACAUGCUUCAAUGGAGCAUUUAAGUGCUCAUGCAUUUUGGUGCCAUAACAUUUGUUUUCCCUGCCUGCUGUAGGUGAGUGGGGAGUAACCCCUGCCUCAGUAUUUUUCAUGCCUGUGCUUGUGUGGUUUGUUGUGGCACUGUUUGUUUAGUGGGGGCCUUGUAGUGAACACUUUUAUCAGGGCUGCAGCCUCUUUCCACACUGAGCUGCAUGCGUCUGUGGGCGUGGGGCUGAACAAUUCAAUUCCCAGCCUUCUGUCAACACUAGACACACAAACAACUGAAUUUUUGAAGGAUAACGAAUCCACUCAUUGAUAAAGACCCCAUGACUAAAUUUGAUUCUUGAAGUAACAUUUCUUGUUCUUGGAAUAACAAGACAACAUUUCUUUUUUCGUAAGAGUUAACCACUAUGCCAAUAAAAAUGUGAAAGUUUCUAGAAAUGUGCCUGCACUAAAACCAUUGCUGAAUGCCAUUUUGGCAAACUGCCUGGAUUUAAUACACCUUUGUGAAAAUAACAAUGUUACAUUAAGUCAACAUUUCAAUAAAUAUUCUGAAUUUAUUUCAUGA